AUGGGGGCUCGAGCUGCGGCGCGGCGGCUGCUGCUGCUCAUGCUCCUUCUCCAAUGGGCUGGUACAAUAGCGCUGUUGACGACGUCCUUCUUCCUCGGCGACGUCUCCGCCAGUCUGCAUGCAGGUGAUUGCUUAAUUUGCCGCGGUCGUUGCCGACAAGACAAGAUCAAGAACGGGCAUCACGGUGCGAAGGCAGACAUUGGGACGGCAGCUUGGAGUCCGCCGCCUCCGCCAUGGCCUCGUAGUAGUAGAAGUCGAAGUGCGACCUGCUGCCGGGGUACAGGUCGCUGGCGCCCUGGAUGCUAA